AUGGUAUAUAAGAACAUCUCUGACAUAUAUAAAUCGGUGGAGUUUAAGACAUACGACAACUUUGUUUCAUUAGUUGCAAAAUGUGUAUGGCAGAUAAGAGAUAAAGAUAGAAGAGGUAAGGUAUGGAAUGAACAGAUAAAACCAACUGCUUCAGAUUUAAAGAAAACCAUUGACGCCUUGGUUGUUUUAGCAGGUAAGGUUUCAGAAUAUAACGCAAAAACGAUGCCGCAAUGUUCAAAAUGUAAGGCAGCAAUGAGGAAAUAUAACUACUCCGUCAAAGAGAUAGAACGUAUGAGAAACGACUAUGCAGACUUAAAGAAAGAAGCAGAAAAGCCGGCAGAAAAUAAAAUGGACAUGUUAGAAUUUCUGAACAAAAACUAUCCAACUGCUGACGAUUUCCUUCUAUCUGACGUCAAGAAGAAGUAUAAAGAAACUUUCGGCAUUGUUAAAACUUUUGAUAUAUUAACUGAAGAAAUAGAAGCUACAAAACUGUUUAGAAUCUCACGAAUUCAUAACGUUUACCAUGUAAAACGGUUAUAA